UCGUAGUGAAUGGUAUAUAUCCCCUAAAACAUAAAGUUGGCAUCACUGUAGUCGACAUACGUUAGACGUCUAGUCUAGACGACGACGGCGACGACCGACGUAAAGUGACAAAGUCGUAAAUUAGCAGGAAAUGCUGAUAAUUGUCAAUACAUAAUUACAGUUUAUAGUUUUAUUUAGAAUAUUUCCUUUCCUCGUCUUUAAAUAAAAAAUGACUUUAUCGGAACUAAAGCAACAAAUUGUGGUUGAUGUAAGUAAAUGUGAUAAUCACACUUAUUUACUUAAUAAAUUGAAAGAAUUCUACAAAGAUGAUAUUGAUUCUGAUAGAAGAUUCGAACAAAUAAAUACAAUAGGCCAAUUACUAAAUAUUUUAGAAAUAAGGAAUGUCCUUUCGGAAGAUGACGUCGGACCCUUAAAAGAAAUAGCUCGUAGAAUUAACAAUGACGAACUUUUAAAGAGAAUAUGUGACUAUGAAGUUAGUCAUAUUUCCAAAGGAUACGUAAAUCAAUAUGUUAUUGAGAAUAUACCAAUUGCGUCAAUCAAGCAACCAAUUACAAAAAAUGAAGAAAAGUGCCUAUGUAAUAAUUCCUUUGGUGAAAUUAGUCCAAAGAAAAUGGAUACAAUUAGACAAAGAAUCAUAGAAGAAAUUGGAAGCUUUUGGCGUGAUUUGGGAAGAAAUCUCAAAAUUCGAGAAUGUAAAAUAGAUGAAAUUGAUACCAAUUGUAAUGAUUUGCCAACCAAGGCUUCAGAAUUGAUAAAAAUAUUUGAGGCUAGAGCAGAUAAACAGAGAUGGUUUUUUGUUUUAUGUGAAGCAUUAGAGAAAUCCCGUAGAAAGGACCUCAGUAAGUCCAUUCAAGAAAUUAUGUCUAUGAAUUUAUAAUAGUUUUAUUUAAUUUAAGCUUACUAAAAUACACACACAAGAGCAUUGCCAAAAAAUGUUAUUACUUAUGCUUUGCACUUUAAAUCAUAGAUAUUUGUUAAUAAAACAGAACUGAAUAAAAUAGGCAUAUCAUAUAUACAUAUUUAUAAAGAAAAAUAAUAAUUAAAUGUAAAGAUAUUUUAUUAAAAAAUAGUUUUUAAUGUUUUUUUUUUAAAAUGUUUAAUAAAAUUUUUCUUAUAAUCUAAUCAAAAACAGUAA